AUGGGAACUCGGUUCCCGUCCUUGCUCGUGUUCUUGCUUUCAUGUUUAAUCUUUGUAUCUGCCGCCUCAUCAUCUGAGCAAGAAGGUGAUGGAACGCUUAGAAUUGGAUUGAAGAAGAGGAAACUAGACCGGGCCAACAGGCUAGCUUCUCAGCUUUUCAUGAAAAACCGAGGAUCUUGGUCUCCCAAAGAUUAUUUUCGCCUGAACGAUGCAAACGAUGAUACUGUCCCCCUGAAAAACUAUUUGGAUGCUCAAUACUAUGGUGAGCUUACCAUUGGUACUCCACCUCAAAAGUUUACUGCAAUCUUUGAUACCGGAAGCUCCAAUCUCUGGAUACCAUCUAGUAACUGUCAUUUCUCGGUUGCUUGUUAUUUUCAUUCAAAAUACAAGGCUAGCGAGUCAUCCACAUACAAAAAGAACGGAAAACCUGCGUCAAUCCGGUAUGGAACAGGUGCUAUUUCUGGUUACUUUAGCAAUGAUGAUGUUAAAGUUGGUGGUCUUGUUAUCAAGGAGCAGGAGUUCAUAGAGGCUACUAGUGAGCCUGGUAUUACAUUCUUGGUCGCCAAGUUUGAUGGUAUUCUAGGGUUGGGAUUCAGAGAGAUUGCUGUAGGAAACUCAACUCCGGUUUGGUAUAACAUGGUAGAAAGAGGUCUGGUUAAGGAACCAAUCUUUUCGUUCUGGCUUAACCGUAACCCACAAGAUCCAGAGGGUGGUCAAAUUGUUUUUGGUGGAGUUGACCCUAAGCACUUCAAAGGAGAGCAUACUUAUGUUCCAGUGACACAUAAAGGUUACUGGCAAUUCGACAUGGGUGAUCUCAACAUUGCUGGCAAACCAACCGGAUAUUGUGCUAAAGGUUGUUCUGCCAUUGCUGAUUCUGGAACUUCUCUUCUCACCGGUCCAUCAACUGUCAUCACAAUGAUCAAUCAUGCUAUUGGAGCAGUGGGAGUUGCAAGCCAAGAGUGCAAAACUGUAAUAGGUCAAUAUGGACAAACCAUGUUGGAUUCCCUUGUCUCUCAGGUGGAUCCGAGGAAGGUAUGCUCACAGAUAGGACUCUGCGGUUUUGAUGGUACACACAGUGUGAGUAUGGGGAUUAAGUCAGUUGUAGAAGAUGGAGUAUCGGGUCUUCUAAACGAAGCAAUGUGCAGCGCCUGUGAAAUGGCAUCUGUGUGGAUGCAGAGUGAAUUGUCUCAGAAUCAAACACAAGAACGCAUACUCGCUUAUGCUUCUGAGCUUUGUGACCAUAUACCAAACCCAAACCAACAAUCAGCAGUGGACUGUGAGAAGGUUUCGUCCAUGCCUAUAGUCACAUUCAAUAUUGGUGGCAAGCCCUUUGAUCUCUCACCUCAAGAUUAUAUAUUCAAGAUUGGAGAAGGAGUUCAGGCUCAGUGCACCAGCGGCUUCACCGCCAUGGAUAUUCCUCCACCUCGUGGACCUCUCUGGAUCUUGGGUGAUAUCUUCAUGGGACCAUAUCAUACUGUGUUUGAUUAUGGGAAAACAAGAGUUGGAUUCGCCAAAGCGGCUUAG